AUCGUGAUUAUCAGAGGAAUUUGCCAUUUUCGUGAAUUUCAGGAAGUUAUUGUCGAAAAUUCAUUUUCCCACAACACCGAAACGCGUCACGUCAACAGAAACGGACUGGCGUGAGAAUCUGACAUCGGAACAUCUGGAUCAUCCUGAGAAAUGCCUCCGAAAACGGCCAAGAAGAUUUUAAGUAACAAACUGGAGGAUCUGUCAGGAGACAACCUGAAGAAGUUCCGAACAGAACUACUGGACCGGAAGGACGGAGUUCGGACCAGCCAGGUGGAGGGAAAGGACUUCAUGGAGAUUUCAGACGUGAUGAUCAACGUUUACUCGGAGAAAAAAGCGCUGAAGGUGGCGGAGGAGAUCCUGAGAGAGAUCCGCUGCAAUCAGGCCGCGGACGAUCUGGUUGCAGAAGCUGAACAAGUAGGUUUGUUUAGUUCUGCUGGUGGAUCCAGUGAUGGGGAACAUUUUGUGGACAGACACAGGACUGAUCUGAUCCAGAGAGUCACCGCCGUCCCGGCCGUUUUGGACAAGCUCUUAAAAGCCAAAGUUAUCCAGGAUGAGACGUAUGAUGAGAUACUGGCGCUGCGGCCGUCCCAGGUCCAGAUGAGGACGCUGUACAAAUAUGUGAAGGCAGGAGGCCUGGCGGCUAAGGAUCUCUUCCUCAAAAUCCUGAAGGAGGAGCAAAGUUUUCUCAUCGAUGACCUGAUGAAAAAAUAGAUCUAAUAAAAUAGAUCUAUCUAUUUUAAACCGAAUGAAAACAUUAAAAGCAUUUUUAAUGUAGAAGAAUAAAGAGUUGCUUGUUUUGUUUCUGGGGGUUUUAUCCUCUGCAGGAGAAGCAAACCUGUCACAAGACCAGAUUUCUCCUUUUCUCGCUUCCUGUCGCUGGCUGCCAGAACAUUUUAUGAAACUUUAGCUUCUGACACUUUUCCACUCCUUAAAGCUGUGCAGUGAAACGUUGUGGGGAAUCAUUUUAAAAUCAUUUUGUUUCCUGGAUGUUUUCCUCGCAGCGUCGCUCUGGCGGCUCUGCAGCUUUGAUUUUUGAUUUUAAGUCUCUUUGAU